UCAUCGGCGCCAAGCCCUGCGAGCCAUUUCCAAGUGACCAUGGACCCACUUCGAUUCUUGUCUUCGCGUACUUGCCUAUUCAUUCCUUAAGGAAGCAGUUCACGGUGGAGGAGGCCGAGAAGGGCGCCAAGUGCGAGCAGCAUGGGAACACCUCCAACUAUCACGCCUCGCAUGACCCAGGCAUCCUCACCGACGACCUCACCUUGUCGCCCACCUUUCAAAAGGUCAAGGAGUUGCUUCCGCGCAUCAACCGUUUGUCCAAGCAAUACUUCUGGGGCGGCGACCAGUCCGGGGCAGCCCUCCACUACCACGUGAGCGCCUUCAAUGCGCUCUUCAUCGGUGAGAAGGAGUGGUAUGUGACGCCGCCUUACCUGGCAGCACGCAGUGGCAUUUCCACCUAUGAGCUCUUCCACCGGCCCGGGAUCAACGAGCAGCAUCUCUUCCGCUGCACACAAUAUGCGGGGGAUUUAGUCUUACUGCCGGAUGGUUGGGGCCACGCGACCUUGAACCAUGGCUUCGGUGUGGGUAUCGGCGUGCUCUACGACGAGAGCUGAGUCGCACCGCGGUUCGCUCGCGGUUUCCGCGGUUCCCGGCGGCGCAGGCGCUUCGCUCGCGUGCGUGACUACUGUGCUCCUUCCUUCAAUGCUCAUGGAUAUGUAUAACGCAAGCUCUGCACAUGUACGAUGAAGCCUUACUCCGAA